AUGAUGGGCACUGACGACGAUUCUGCCAAUCGCGACCAGAACAAUGCAGCCAUUAAUACGGACGUAGUUAACGCUGGCUCGCACGUGGAGGCAACUUUUGCGAUUCCUAAAAUUAACCCACCGAGUAUGGCUGAUACUCACAUUGAAUCCUAUUUCAUGUCACUAGAGUUCUGGUUUGCGGCAUCAGGGAUUAUAGCUGACUCAAAAAAAUACAACAUAGUAAUGGCGCAAGUACCACCUGUUAAAUUGUCAGAGCUGCAAAGCAUUAUUAGUGAAUUACCGACACAAAAUAAGUAUGAAUAUGUUAAGGAGAAACUUAUUAAGCAUUUUGCAGAAAGUCAGCAGCGCCGCUUGCAAAAAGUCAUCUCCGAGAUGCCACUCGGCGACUUAAAGCCUAGCCAAUUGUUCAGCAAUAUGAAACGAGUUGCUGGACAAUCCUUAAAUGAAAAUAUUUUAAUAGAUCUCUGGACAGCUCGACUCCCUGCCCAGGCACGAGCUGCAAUCAUAGCGUCAGAGCAAAAAAUACUAAGAAAAGUAAAAAUCGCUGAUGAUAUAGUGGAAUCCCUCAACCUCGGCGAUAAAUUUUAUCCGGAUUCCAACGUUCGAGCACUAACUAGUGAAAGAAACAACAGCGAAACCGUAUCGGCACUAGAAACCUUACAGAAGGAAAUCGCGCAAUUAUCUCAAAGACUGAAUCACUAUACAGCCGACCGUGAAUCACCACGAAACCGCGGCCGAAAUCGUCCGCGUGAAUCCGUCCGUUCAAACAUGGGUGGAGAGAUGUGCUGGUACCAUCUUACCUUUGGUAAGGACGCUCGAAGCUGUCGAAAACCUUGCUGUGUUGCACAGGCUCCCAACAAGCAAUGA